GUUCAAAUAACAAUUGACAUAUUUCUGUUUCCAUAUGAACGUAACAAACGCGGUAACGAUUAAACAAUUGUGAAUAUUAUAAUAAUUUUAUUAAAUCGACAUAAAGAUGAAGGUAGAAGAAGUGAAGAGUACAGUAAAAACUCAAAGAAUCAGUGCCCAUAGUCAUAUUAAAGGUUUGGGAUUAGAUGAAGCAGGCAUCGCAAUUCAAGCAGCGGCCGGCUUGGUAGGACAAGAACAAGCUAGAGAGGCUGCUGGUGUUGUAGUCGAUAUGAUUAGAAGCAAAAAGAUGGCAGGCAGAGCAGUUCUCUUAGCUGGACCUCCAGGUACUGGAAAAACGGCUAUUGCACUAGCAAUUGCACAAGAACUGGGAAAUAAAGUACCCUUUUGUCCAAUGGUUGGUUCUGAAGUGUACAGCUCUGAAAUAAAGAAAACAGAGGUCCUUAUGGAAAAUUUUAGAAGAGCUAUUGGCCUUAGAAUCCGAGAAACAAAAGAGGUAUAUGAAGGUGAAGUUAGCGAAUUGACUCCAGUUGAAACAGAAAACACCUCUGGAGGUUAUGGUAAAACUGUUAGCCAAGUUAUCAUCGGAUUGAGAACUGCUAAGGGUAGUAAACAACUGAAACUUGAUCCUAGUAUAUAUGAAGCCCUUCAAAAAGAAAAAGUUGAAGUUGGAGAUGUUAUCUAUAUUGAAGCUACAAGUGGAGCAGUUAAAAGGCAAGGUAGAUCUGAUGCUUUUGCAACAGAAUUUGAUUUAGAAGCUGAAGAAUAUGUACCACUGCCAAAAGGGGAGGUACACAAAAAGAAAGAAGUUGUACAGGAUGUAACUUUACAUGAUUUGGAUGCAGCAAAUGCAAAACCACAAGGAGGUCAAGAUGUUUUAUCAAUGAUGGGACAACUCUUAAAACCAAAGAAAACAGAAAUCACAGACAAAUUGAGAAAGGAAAUCAACAAAAUAGUUGACAAAUAUAUAGAUCAAGGUAUAGCUGAAUUAGUACCUGGAGUUCUCUUCAUAGAUGAAGUUCACAUGUUGGAUAUUGAAACAUUCACUUAUCUUCACAGAGCAUUAGAGAGUGCCAUAGCACCUAUCGUAAUAUUUGCAACAAAUAGAGGUCGUUGUUUAAUUAGAGGAACUGAUGAUAUUUACUCACCACAUGGUAUACCAUUGGAUCUUUUAGACAGACUGCUAAUUAUUCGAACAAUUCCAUAUAAUAGAAGUGAUAUGGAACAAAUUAUUAAAUUGAGGGCUACUACAGAAGGUUUGGAAAUUGAACCGGAAGCUAUUACUAGCUUGGGAGAAAUUGGUACAAAGACGACCUUAAGAUAUGCAGUUCAGUUGUUAACUCCCGCACAUCUUACAGCUAAAAUUAAUGGGCGCAAUAACAUAAUUCAAAGUGAUAUAGAAGAAGUUGGUUCAUUGUUCUUGGACGCUAAAGCUUCAGCAAAAGUUUUGUCUGAAAAUAAAGAGAAAUUUAUGACAUAAUUAGUGCAUUUCUCAUUUAUUUUUGAGGAGUGAAUUUCAUGUUAUGGUAUUUUUUGCAUUUCGCUUCAUUAAAUUUGUUUGUUUGACUGAAGAAAUUUGAGAUAUUUUCGUUGUUUAUACAGUUGUAUCAGUUAUUAAAUUGUAUAUUGAUUUGUAUAGAAAUAAAUUUUUCAAUUA